CCCGUCUUUCCCAUAGUUGUGGAUAGAGCUAAUAAAGCUUAUGAGAAGAAACCCCUUGAUAAAUAUCCGAGCACGGCUUGCGGGUCUAAUCGAAUUGACUCACCUCCUAAACAUCUUGACUAAUUGGAAAAAUUGGAUAUCUUUCAUGAGUUUUGAGGAACAAAGAAAGGGAAAUAAAAGAAAGCAAUCAUCGAAUCGAAGUUGAUGAUACUUGGCUGGUUAAUUGGUAAACCAAUUGGGUUAUCGGAACAAUGCGGCCUUCCACCUCAUCUAGCGAUGGCGACGGCGAGCUACCGAUAGACAUAGAAAAGCAAAAUAGCCAUACUCAUUCCAAUGGUCGGUGUGAGAAAGGGUGUCCGAGUCGACAAAAGGAUGAGGAGCAAAGCAGUGAUAGUCCCGCCGAGACGGCAGAGGAAUGGCAGAUACCGGCCGAGCCUGCACUCGACACGGAAGCCGAUGGCGUGACCGGGGCACUAAACCGAGUGUUGAGUAGAAUAUCGACGAAAUCAAGCUGGAACCCCGGACCGCCGCCGGACGGGGGCCGAGUUGCUUGGCUGGCCUGCCUCUGCGGACAUUUAGCCAUAAUGAACACAUGGGGCUUCAUCAACUCCUUCGGCGUGUUCCAGACAUAUUAUGUCUCAGCCCUAGGCCGCUCCCCAUCAGAUAUAUCAUGGAUUGGUUCGAUCCAAGUCUUUCUAACCUUUUUCAUCGGGACUUUCACGGGGCGCAUGACGGAUGCGGGCUUCUUUCGACCCGUACUCAUCACCGGCACGGCGUUCAUGACCCUCGGCAUCUUCACAACCUCCGCCGCGACACAGUACUGGCAUCUCAUCCUCUCACAGGGAAUAUGCAUGGGCCUCGGAUCCGGGUUCAUCUUCUGCCCAACCAUAUCCACAGUAUCCACAUACUUCAGCAAGAAACGGUCCCUCGCAAUCGGCAUCGCGGCAUGCGGCUCCGUCUCCGGCGGUCUCAUCUUCCCAGCCAUGGCGCGCCAGCUCCUCCCCUCCGUCGGUUUCGGCUGGGCCGUCCGCGCAAUCGGAUUCGUACAACUAACAACUCUCUGCUUUGCUAUCGCCUUCAUGAAAUCGCGUCUCCCGCCCCGCCGCGCCGGUUCCCUAGUCGAAUGGCCAGCGUUCAAAGAACUCGAAUACACGUUCUACGCGAUCGGGAUGUUCUUCAAUUUCUGGGGGGUGUACUUCGUAUUCUACUACCUCGCCUCAUUCUCGCGGACCUCCAUCACCCCCACGUUAAGCUACACGGACUCGUUGAACAUGCUGUUACUCCUAAACGGCAUCGGCGUCGUCGGACGUCUAGUUCCGAACCAUCUGGCGGAUAAGGUGGGGCCGCUGAAUAUGAUGAUCCCGACGUGUCUGGCAUGCGGGGUGUGUCUGCUCGCGUGGAUGGCGGUGCACACGCCCGCGCAGCUGUACGGGUGGGCGUCGAUCUACGGGAUCGCGGCCGGGUCGCUGCAGAGCUUGUUUCCGGCGGGGUUGAGUAGUCUGACGACGGAUUUGAGGAAGCAGGGGACGAGGAUGGGGAUGGUGUUUACGAUUGUUAGUUUUGCGGUACUUACGGGGAAUCCGAUCGCCGGCGCUAUUAUUGGGGCGAUGGGGGGGAGGUAUUAUGGUGCUCAGGGGUUUACGGGGGCGUGUUUGUUGGUUGGGAUGGGGUUUUUGGGGGCGGCUAGGUUGGUUAGGAUGAGGAAGACUGGGAAGGGGUGGAGAGUUAAGAUUUAGAGUUGGUGGCGUGUGUGUGUGUUUAUGUGCUAUUUAAUGUCGUGAUGGGGAGGGAGGUGAGAAUGUGGAUGGGAAUGAUAAAAGGGGAGUGGGAUAUCAAGACAGGCUCAUUAUGAUAGAACGAUUGGAUGAAGAAUGAAGACUAGUAAAAUGUAUAUAGGAAUAAAUGGUAAUAUAUAGUUGAUAUUUAUCGUGAAAAGACUUGAACUUUUCGAG